GGUGUGAACACAAAGGUGAACAGUAUCAGGAUGGUCAGCAGUGGAAGAUGGCUGCUAAUCCAUGUGUGACCUGCUCCUGUACCGCUGGACUCAUCACCUGUAUGGAGAUGCAGUGCUUCAACACCUGUGACAAUCCGGUUAAUGUUCCUGGCCAGUGUUGUCCUGUGUGUCCCUCUUGCCGGUACAAUGGUUUGCCCUACUCUGAGGGGCAAAGUUUUAGUCCUAAUGGAGAUCCAUGUGAUGUCUGUACCUGUGAAAGCGGCGGCCUGAAAUGUCACCACGAGAGCUGUCCCCAGAUCGCUAACUGUCCCGUGGAACAGCAAGUGGCACCAAGUCCAGGACAGUGCUGUCCUACCUGCUCAGGCUUCGGGACCAAUUGUACCCAAGAGACUGUUGGAGUGAGCCUCAGACCCCGGGCAUCACAAGACCCCUGUAUUGUGUGCGAGUGCUCGGCUUCCUAUCACUGGAUGUGUACCACACAAAGGUGUAACCCUGUUGCCUGUCCACCCUCUGUUCAACGUGUCCAGCCUGGACAGUGCUGUCCUCAAUGUCCAGCGUGUUACGAUACAAGAGAAGAUCGUUAUUAUGAAGAGGGAACUACCUGGGCAGACAACUCUGAUCCUUGCAUGGUGUGUCGCUGUCAGGGAGGAGAGAUCGGCUGUGUAGCAGUGGACUGUCCAAGGGUUUUCUGUCUGGAUGACCAGGUUCCACUUAGAGCUCCAGGCACCUGCUGUCCAGUCUGUCAGGAUAUUGACCGUGCUGAAUGUUUGUAUCAGGGCACUACUUACCAGACUGGUGAUGUGUGGACUAUAGAUGAGUGUACAACAUGCAGCUGUCUGGGAGGAACUGUCAGCUGUACAACAGAACAGUGUGAAUACCAGAACUGUGGGUUUGAUGCUGCUUUGACCCGUAUACCUGGCCAGUGCUGUCCCGUCUGUCAGACCAGUCCUGCUACCUGCCUUGUGUACGGUGAUCCACACUACCAAACAUUUGAUGGAGAGUCCAUCAGUUUUAUGGGAACCUGUCGCUACAUCAUGGCUGCAGACUGUGAAAAUGAUGAUUUCACAGUUGAGGUUCAACAUGAUCGUCGUUCUGCUUCCCUUGCUGUGUCCUGGGCCCAAAACUUUACAGUCAAGCUGUCUGGCUACAAAAUAGAUCUGCUCCAGGAUGGUGUUGUUAUGGUAAAUAAUCAGGUGAUUCAACCAAACUACAGACAGGGGGCAGUGUUCUCCGUGGAGGUCAAGGAUGGCACAGUGUUCCUCAACACUCAAAUAGGAAUCAAGUUGGUGUGGAAUGGAGAGAGCCAAGCAGAACUAAGCGUGCCAGGCUCAUACAAACGCAAGACUUGUGGGCUGUGUGGAAACUUCAAUGGCUAUCCUCAGGAUGACAUGCGCACUCGCUCCAAACAGAUCACAAACUCUCCAAGCAUCUUCGGCAAUAGUUGGAAGGCGGACGAUCAGACCUCGGACAACUGUGCUAAUGCUGUAGACAUAGACCCAUGUAAGGAGGUUGGCUACCGAGGAAAGCGCAUUGCUGAAACCAAAUGUGCCAUCAUCAAUGGGUUAAGAUAG